AUGAUGAAGCCGAGGAAUGGACUAGCGGAAAGGGAGUGGGCCACUUUAUCAGACGAUAGCAAAGAAAGUCCUGAGAUGUCGACGAUAUCAGCGAAGAUAAAUGAUGUUGGAGGAGGCGGGGGGGGGGGAAGCAUUCCGAGAAAUCGUUCUUGCUUUAAUAAGAUCACGGAUAAUCAGAAUUUUGCUUUUGGCUAUGCAUGCAGUGUUGACUGCUGCUAUACCGGAAGAAUUCCAACCUGGAGAUCUGGGAAAUCUUCCGGAACAACUCCAAAGGAACUUGGAAGUAUCGUAGGCAGAAUUGUCCAUGGUACUACUAGUGGAAGGAAAUAUCAGCAUUGA